AUGUCGAAUCCUUCUCGUCCUAAAAAGCGUGUAUAUCCUACGGCUCAGUACGUAGCGCCUUCUAGCCCCAGCAUGCCAUUCCAAGGAGGUGCAUUUAGUGGACAAACCAUGCAAUCUCAGGUUUCUGGUAGUGCUUCACCAUAUAUGGCACCUUCAGGUCAAUUUACUCAACCAAUGAAUGCAUCAGACGCUCAAAAUCAGCCUCAGUUUAUGACUCCAGCUCAACAACAAUUGAAACAACAAAUAAGUCAAGCAACCACUUCUAUGAAUGAUAUGCACUUACACAAUGUUCCUGUUAUUGACCCAAAUGCAUAUUACCAACCAAAUAACGGGAACAAUAUUCAACCCACUGGAGAAAAUAAACCAUCGUUGACACCUGGCAGACCAACAAAUAAUCUGUAUCCAGUCGAUAUAUUGACUGAAUUGCCACCAAAGAUUAAUGAUUUAAACCUGCUUCCGCCUCCAAUUUUACUAGAACCAGAAAUUUCAACUAAAUUCUCGGAAUCCGUAUAUGCGUCCCCAGAUUAUAUUAGAUCCACUUUGAAUGCAGUCCCUCAAUCAAAUGCUCUUUUGAAGAAAUCGAAAUUGCCGUUUGCGCUAAUAAUUAAACCUUUUAAACACCUACAUGAUAUGAAUGCUCCAUUGCCUUGUAAUGAGGAUGAAUUUGUUAUUCGUUGCCGCCGUUGUCGUGGAUAUUUGAAUCCCUUUGUUAAGAUCCUACAAGUGGAAAGUAAAUGGAGAUGUAACUUUUGUGGAUGUAUUAAUGGAUUUCCGGACGGAUCUGAGCAUUUUCAACUUCCUAAUUUAUAUAAUCGAAACGAACUGACUUAUUCUUCCAUGGACUUUCUUCCUUCGUCCAGUUACUCUCAACAAGUGAAGGAAGAACCUCCGGCUGUUUACACUUUUGUUAUUGAUGUCUCAAUUAACACCAUUAAGAACGGAUAUUUGUUUUCUGUUGCCAAUGCGUUAGUAAAUUCUUUGGAUCUCAUUCCAAAUCAUGAUAACAAAACUUUGAUUUCUCUUAUUUGUGCUGAUAGCUCUUUGCAUUAUUUUUCAGUACCAUUGGAUACAGAAGAUGGGCCCAAGGAAAGUUCCAUGUUUGAUAUUUCUGAUUUAGAUGAACCAUUCUUACCUACUUCAAAUUCUUUAUUAGUUUCAUUAUCUCAAUGUAGAAACAACUUGGAACAUUUACUGUUAAAAAUACCUGAGAUUUUCAAGAGCACUACAAUUCAAAGUUUUGCCCUUGGCCCUGCUUUGCAGAAUGCUUCUGAAUUAGUUAAAGAUAAAGGAGGUAAAGUAAUUGUAUGCUCAUCUACUCUACCAAAUAUGGGUAUUGGGAAGUUGAACCCAAGGGAUGAAAGGGGGAUAUCAAACACUUCAAAGGAAUCCAAGGACUUACUUUCGUGUCAAGAUGCUUUCUAUAGGAGUUUUACAGUGGAAUGUAACAAAUUACAAAUUACAAUUGAUCUGUUCAUUGCAUCUGGUAAUUAUAUGGAUAUUGCAACAUUAUCCAAUUUGUCCAAGUAUACAGGGGGUCAAACUCAUUUCUAUCCUCAGUUUCUUGGUUCAGUAGCCGCUGAUUUCACCAAGUUCUCAAAGGAAUUUUCGAGGCAUUUAUCCAUGGAUCUUUCAUUCAGAACGGUAAUGAGACCUCGUUGCUCUAUUGGGUUAAGGAUAGAGGAUUCGUAUGGUCAUCUCUUCAACAGGUCGACAGAUUUAUGCUCUUUCCCUGCCAUGCCAAGGGAUCAAUCCUACGUUGUUGAAUUGUCUAUAGAGGAUAAGCUGACAGCGGACUAUUGCUACGCUCAAAUUGCAUUUUUAUAUAGUACUGGUACAGGAAAACGUAAGAUCCGUGUGCUGACCUUGGCAUUACCAACCACCACGAUUCUACAUAAUGUCUUUGCAUCAGCAGAUCAAUUGGCAAUUGCGACCUAUUUUGCUAGAAUUGCUACUGAAAAGGUAAUGAAGAAUUCCUUUGAUCAUGCAAGAUCAUUCUUGAAUACAUCAUUGGAAGAAAUACUGAUAAAUUACAGGAAAGAAAUUGUUGUUGAGAAUAAUGCAGGUGGUGUUACUCUUAGAUUUUCAACUAACUUGAAGAUGCUUCCCCUAUUAGUUCAUAUGCUAUUGAAAAAUAUAGCAUUUAGGAAGGGUGUGAUACCAAGUGAUCUUAGAGCCAUAGCAUUAAAUAACAUGGAAUCCUUGCCUUUGAAAUAUUUGAUAAAGAAUGCGUACCCAACAGUUUAUUCGUUGCAUGAUAUUCCCGAUGAGGCAGGUUUACCCGAUGAAAAUGGUGUCAUUGUGAUGCCACCACCAAUGAAUGAUACAAUCUCAUCAUUUGAAAAAUAUGGGUUGUAUUUGAUCAACACACCAAACGAACUAAUAUUGUGGGUGGGUGGUAAUGCCAUCCCUGAAUUGGUUUCAGAUGUAUUUGGAUUGCAAGAUGUUUUCCAGGUUCCCAAUGGGAAAAAUGAAUUACCUGAAUUACCUGAAUCUGAAUUCAAUCAAAGAUUGAGAAGUAUAAUUGAGAAUAUCAGAGCUAAUGAUGAUGAACAAAUCACCUACCAAACUCUGUAUAUUGUCAGAGGUAACUCUCAAAAUGAACCAGCAAAUUCAUCUCAAAACAAGGAAAUUGUACCUUUAAGAAAUUGGGCUGUAAGUUUUUUGGUGGAGGACAAUGUCGUGGGUUGCGAAUCAUAUCGUGAAUUCCUUCAAAAUUUGAAAACAAGACUUAACAAAUGA